GCCUUUUUCUCUUUUUUCUCUUUCUUCUUUUCAGUUCGCUCCUGCAACUAAUCACUUCCAAUCCGAAACAAAUAAUACACCCAUCGACUCUAUCACACCCUCACCCUGCUCCUCAUCCCAUUCUGAAUUAGUUUUGGCCUAGCACCAUUCUUCAAUUGUACCAUCCUCAUCCAUCGCAUUCAUAAAAAAAAAGAAGCAAUGUCUCCACAACCCACAGUCCUUGUCCUCGGUGGCGUCGGUUUCAUCGGCCGUAAUUUUGUUGCUUAUCUGGUUGAGAACAACCUGGCAUCUGAGAUCAGGGUCAUUGACAAAGUCCUCCCCCAAACUGCUUACCUUAACAAGCGGAUUCAAGCUGCGUUCGAAAAGGUCGAAUUCAUGCAGGGAAACCUCUCCAACGCAGCCUCUAUUGAAAAGUGCUUUACUCGUCCAGAUGGUUCUUCAUUCGACUAUGUGAUCAACCUUGCAGCAGAGACCAAGUUCUCACAGCCUAAUGAGAUUUAUGAGGACCGCAUUUACAGACUGUCGAUCAAUUGUGCCAAGGAAGCUGUCAAGCGAGGAGCAAAGAUUUUUGUCCAGAUGUCGACAGGUGACAUCUACGAGAGCAGUGGUGCUGCUAGCAAAGAGGAUUCAAAGACAAAACCAUGGAAUACGAUUGCGGAGUAUAAAUUAAAGGUCGACAAAGAGCUCCAGAGCAUGGAGGGACUUAACCUCAUCAUUCUGCGCCCAGCAGUCGUAUACGGAAUUGGCGCCAUGGGUGGACUCACUCCUCGCUUAAUUUGUGGUCGCGUAUACCAACAUGAGAAAAAGAAGAUGGAGUUCUUGUGGACAAAGGACCUGCGCAUCAAUACAGUUCAUGUUGAGGAUGUUUCACGGGCGAUCUGGCACACCGCCAACUGGUAUAUUAGCAACAACCAGACUGGAUCUGUCAUCUUUAAUCUUGCAGACGAGAACGAUACCGACCAGGAGGCUGUUAACACACACAUCCGUGCCAUCUUUGGUAUUGAGACAGGAUUUCAGGGCAAGCUUGUUUCCCAAUUUGCCACAUUAAACAUGAGAGAUGUAACGGAAGAAAUCAAUGAGGUUCACCUGACACCUUGGUCCGAUAUCUUGAAGGAACACAAUAUUAAGACAUCACCAUUAACUCCAUACCUUGACCAAGAAUUGCUCUGCAAUAAUGCGUUGUCCCUAGACGGAUCCAAAAUCUGCACAACAACCGGCUUCACGUACGAACAUCCAAAAUUGACAACAGAGAGCCUGCAAGAGAUCAUUACAGAUUUCCAGGAGCUGGGUAUCUGGCCUCGCGACGAUUGAUAGUAUAUAAUAUAUAUAGAUGCAAUUGAAAACAUUCACGCGUUUAUUCCCUGAUAAAAAAAAAACUUUUUUUCCCGAAAAUUUUGUUAUUCCAAAUCUUUCAAAAGUCCAGAACGAUAGAGCGGGU